AUCUGGCAUAGAAGCUAGCACACGCGUCAUGGAUAUUACUGCGAGUCGCACGUCCGUCUCCUGGGUAUUCCACAUAGCCGGAAAUAUCGCCGGACAUGUGGCCGGAAAUGGCAAGUUAUUAAGUUUGAGUUCAAGUGUGAAGCCAUCAGUGUGCUCUCGAAGUUUCUGUAUGGGAAGAAGCAAAAGCUUCGACGAAAGAGCUUUUGAGGAAGAGAGACUCGAGCUCGACGCGCAGGCUCGCCAGAAAAUGGCGGAAGAAGCCGAGUUUCUAGAGCAAAUGGACGGAGAAGAGGACCCAAAGGCCUGGAAAUGGUGGAUUAGGAAGAGGGUUUGGGAUUUGAUGGAGAAGGAGAACAUUGCUCAGAACCCACGACCUGUUCAUCACCGAAUUCCUAAUUUUGUCGGGGCCGCUGAGGCUGCAAAAAUGUUGGCUGGUUUGGAAGCGUUUAAAGUGGCGAAUUGUGUGAAGGUGAACCCAGAUUCCCCUCAGAAACAAGUGAGAUAUUUCACUCUUUCAGGUGGGAAGAAGCUUUUGACACCUCAACCACGCCUGAGAACAGGGUUUUUCUCCAUGUUGGAGUCUUGCUUUUUAGCUCCUGGGGCCAUCAAUGAAGCUUGUACUGCCUCAGGUUUUGCCAAAUAUGGAAGGCCAAUUAGUCUAGACGAUAAGAUCAAAGUGGAUCUCAUAGUAAUUGGAUCUGUUGCUGUGGACCCAAGUACUGGAGCUCGACUUGGGAAGGGUGAGGGUUUUGCUGAACUUGAAUAUGGUAUACUACGCUACAUGGGAGCCAUAGAUGACUCUACAUUGGUUGUCACAACAGUCCAUGAUAUACAAUUGGUCGACGACAUUCCGGUAGAGAAGCUGUUGAUCCACGAUGUUCCAGUCGACAUAAUCUGUACUCCAACUCAAACCAUCUACAUAAACCCAGUAAUUCCAAAACCUCAAGGUAUAUAUUGGGAGAAAUUGUCACCAGAAAAGCUUGGGCAAAUUCGAAUACUAAGGGAGCUCAAGAGAAGGAUAGAACAAGAGACUGCACAACAACUUCCUUGUGCUCCAUCUGAGAAACUCCCUCCAACCGCCGAACGGAGAAGAUAAGUAGAUAGGAUUUAUGAAUUAUAAUAUGUAAGAUUUCAAUGGCUAAAGGCCAAUAAGAAUGCAAUUAUUAUUUUAAGUUGUGAUUAGCUUUAUCUAAGUAGGUCAGCAUUAGAAUUCAA